AUGCCGCCGCUGACGAGGGCCGGCUCCUCCAUCCAGCUGGCCUGGCUGGCUCCAACUCCAAACCCGGGUGGCCCAGGGGGGAGGGGCCAAGGGGCAAGGAGCCACAAGUCUUUCCGCACGAAGCAGAAGCUCGCCAAGGCGAAGAAGCAGAACCGCCCUAUCCCCCAGUGGAUUCGCCUCCGAACGGACAACACCAUCCGCUACAACGCGAAGCGGAGGCACUGGCGCAAGACCCGUCUCGGCAUCUAA